AUGGAGUAUCCAGAGUUUCACAAUCUUGAGGGCCUGACAUUGAAGCUUCUCAGAGACUACAGAACAUUCAGUUCUGAUGACUUCAUGUGCAUACACAACAUUGUGUAUAAUCAUUGCACAGAAGUGUGCACAACGUUCCAAACAAGAGGAUUGAAGAUAUAUGAAUGCCUAAAGAGCGUGUUUUCUACACAUGUGGAUCAUCUCAGGUGUUUUACAUCUCUCAAGACACUUCACCAUCAGAUAGACGAGUUCUCAAGUGCACUUGCAAUUGUAUCAAAGGCAUAUUCAUAUCUCGAGCGGUACUUCAUCCGCAUCAGCAUUGAAAAGAGAGACGGACAUAUCAUGGACAUACGCACACUAGGGUAUGUGGUGUUCUACAGGCAAUACAUGGAAAGAAUGAUGGAUAGAGCGAAGGAGAUUGUUUUUUUUGAAAUAAAUGUUUCAAGGAGUUCGAAGGAUUAUGUGUUUACAAAGCUUACAGAGACAGUCAGGUACCUGAGGAUGCUGUACUUCUGCAACGAUGAAAGCGAGAAGUACGAUGAAAUGGUCAAGCAGUAUGUGGAUAUGUUCCGCAGUUCAAUGAUCUUUGAUGCAGAGAUAGGGAAGGUUUUAAAGAGGGUUUAUCUUGAGAUAUACAUUGCAUCAAAGGUAUUUGAGCCUGAGAACAACAGAUUGUAUAAGGAUGUGAUAUUUGGAUUGAAAAGCAGGUUUGCAGAGAUUUUGAAGACAAUGCACGAGAAGAUGGAGAGACAGGAGCGACUGAAGCUGUAUGUAAAGAUAGUGCAGUUUAUGGAUUCUGAAUGCAUGGAUGGUGUUUUUGAUCAGUAUAAGAGUGUGAUAUGUAAAAAGAUGGAGACAGUAGACAGAUUGGAUGGGCUGAUCGCACUGUAUAUAAAUGUGCGUAUGCAUGUGACAGAGAAUUUCAUCAAGACCUAUGAGUUGUGCAAGUAUCUUGAGGACGAAGUAAGAAGGUGCCUUGGUAAGCUUGGCACGAAUACUGAGGACGAUGCAUGUAGGUUUAUUGAGGAUCUGCUUAUAAAAAAAGCAAAAAUAAAUGAAUCAUGCAACCACAAUAACUGUUUAUGCAGGUACAUAAUUGGCAUGUGCAAUGAAUUGAAAAUAGAAAGCAGCAUAGAAGAAGUAAUUGAUACAGUGAUUAUGGUUGUUGGGAUGAUGAGCAAUAGGGAUAUGGUGAUUGGAAGGAUCAAUGGAGUUGUGCAAAGAAUGAUUCUGGGAUACAGUACUGAGCCAAUAGCAGUAAAGAGAUUAAUGCAUGUAAUGAAGAAGCACCUGGGAAUGAAUAUGAGUAGGAAGAUUUGUGUGAUGUAUGCGGAUUAUAUAAGCAGUAGCAGGAAUGAUCAUGAUGUAUAUGCUCAGCAUGAAGGAUUUGUUGUUGAGGCGUUAUUUCUAACACGAGGAUUUUAUGAUGUGAGUGCAAGCGGAGAAAGUCUCCCAAGUCUACUAAGAGAUUCAGAAAAGAUGGUUGCACGACAUAAACUUGCAAGCUACCCACGAGCGGUGUUUGAGGGAUGCUACAGUUUGUCUCCUGUGGUGUUUGAGAUGAAUGGGUUCAACUUCUGUAUGGGAGCAGACAAAGUGGCCAUUAUGAUGUGGUUGGACAUUGAUAGAACAAAGGAUGACCUGCGAGAAUGUGUUGGAGGAAGAGGAUUUAAGAGGAAUCUUGAGUAUCUUCUUUCGCAUGGAUUUGUUAUACUUGUUGAAGAGAUUGCCUCAUUGAACAGGAAGUUUUCGAACAGAGAGUAUGAGUAUGUUAAAAGUAGAUGUAAGAGGGUGUGCAUGAUGGGGCCUGAUUAUGAUCUGAAGGAUAUUUUGGAUGAUAAUGGAUUUGAUGGAUACAAUGAAGAGGUGUUGGAUCUUUUUGAAGUUGAGGAUGAGGAAGGAGUAGCGAUUGAUGAAUAUAUGGAGGUUGAGUAUUGUGAAGCAGUACUAGAGGCAAAGGUGAUGAGGAUUAUGAAGAAAGAGAAGAAGACGAGUAUUGAUGAGAUUAUUGCGGUGUUAUCUAGUGAGACAGGAUGUGCAGAACAGGCAAUAAAGGAUGCGAUAUGUAAGCUUGAGGAGAAGGAGUAUUGCAGGACUGAUGGAAAUGAUGUGGAAUAUCUGCCGUAG